CGUGACCCGGAAGGAGAGUCCGGUGCGCGGCGGGGUCGGGACGUGGGAGGUCGCGGGGCCUUUGGCUGUGUGUAGUGCGCGCGACUCGGCGUUAUCCUCGGCGCCCCUCCUUGAGCUUCUGGUUGAACCUAACAGAAGCUCCGGGGAAGGGCGGAGAGGGUCGGGGCCAGGCCAGGCGCUGCCGGGAUCCGAGCCGGGGCCGCCCGGCGAGCUGACCCAGGAGCUGAAGGCCGGUUGGAGAAGUCUCUUCCAGACCCUGGAGAAAGGAGAAAGCCAGAGAUGGACCUCGUAAGACUUGCCCGGCUCUUCUCUGGUCCCCGCCCUGUGUGGCUGUCUGUCCUGCAGCAUCUCCACCCUCACAGAGCCAAGUGGGCAGGAGGCAGGCGGGGGCCUGCCGAAUCCGCUCAGCUGGCUCUGGCGGCUUUCAGCAGCUCCCCCUCUCAGCCGCCCCUCAGCCAGGGGAGCCAGAAGAACAUGGGCGGCCUCAGCUCUGACCCGAGCCAGCCCAGCCCCACGGCUGCUCAGGAGGAGGAGGAGGAGGAGGAGGAGGAGAGCUUUGGGACCCUCUCCAGCAAAUACUCCUCCCGGAGAAUAUUCCGCAAAUCGACAGCCCAGUUGUACAACCCGCACCUCCAGGAACAGAGCCUUGAGGAAGAUGAGGAGAGGGAGCUGGAGCCAAAACCACAGCGGAGCCCAAGAAACACCCCUUACUGGUACUUCCUCCAGUGCAAACACCUGAUCAAGGAGGGAAAGCUGGCCGAGGCCCUGGACCUGUUUGAGAGGCAGAUGCUCAAGGAGGAGCGUGUCCAGCCCCUGGAGUGCAACUACACGGUGCUGAUCGGGGGCUGUGGGCGGGCCGGCUACCUCAAGAAGGCCUUCAGGCUGUAUAAUGAUAUGAAAAAGCGGGGCCUGGAGCCCUCAGAUGCCACCUACACGGCCCUGUUCAACGUCUGUGCCGAGUCGCCCUGGAAGGACUCGGCUCUGCAGAGCGCCCUGAGGCUGCGGCAGCAGCUGCAGGCCAGAAACUUCCAGCUCAACCUGAAGACGUACCACGCCCUACUAAAGACGGCCGCCCUGUGUGCCGACCUCAGGGUGUGCUUUGAUGUGUUCAAGGAAAUCCUCCACAAAGGUCACGUGGCCACAGAGGAGACCUUCAACUUCCUGCUCAUGGGCUGCAUCCAGGAUAAGAAGACAGGCUUCCGCCAGGCCCUGCAGGUGUGGCGGCAGAUGCUGAGUUUGGGGCUCAGGCCGAGCCGCCACGGCUACAACCUGCUGUUGGGGGCAGCUCGGGACUGUGGCCUGGGGGACCCAGAGGUAGCCUCAGAGCUGUUCCUGAGGCCCAGGGAGGAGACGGUCCUGCUCCAGCCCCCAGCAGGCCGGCGGCGGGCGAGGAGGAGAGUCCAGGCCAGUGACAGUGUGUCGGCCAAGCUGCACGUGGACGCCCUGGAGAGGCAGCUGUUUCUCGAACCUUCUCAGGCACUUGAGGGGCCUCCAGAGCCUCAGGAAGCCAGAGCCUCCAGCCAGACCCAGUCUGAGGUGGAAACCCAGGCAGAGCCUGAACACUCGGGGGCCUUCACCCCCAUGACCCUGGAGCCCCCACCCCCUAGGGUGGAGGUCAACUUGCUGACCCUUGGGGUGGUCCCUUCAGCGGUGGUCUCCUUUGGGGCAGUGGCCACCCCCGCAGACCGGCUGGCCUUGAUGGGGGGCAUGGAGGGCUUCCUGAGCAAGAUGGCAGAGCACGGGCUCCAGCCCGACAUCAAAACCCUCACGCUGCUGGCGGAGGUUGUGGAGCCUGGGAGCCCUGCCGAGUCCUCGCUGCUGACCCUGCUGGACACGUGCCCGGUGGAGGUGGAUGUGACGUUCUUCAACACACUGAUGAGGAAGAGGAGCAAAUGGGGGGACCUGGAGGGGGCCAAGGCACUGUUGCCAGUCCUAGCAAAGAGAGGACUUGUCCCCAACCUGCAGACUUUCUGCAACCUGGCUAUUGGGUGCCGCAGGCCCAGGGAUGGGCUGCAGCUGCUUGCAGACAUGAAGAAAUCCCAGAUGACUCCCAACACCCACGUCUACAGCACCCUCAUCAACGCAGCCGUCAAGCGGCUGGACUACACCUACCUCAUCGCCAUCCUCAAGGACAUGAGGCGGAGUGGGGUCCCGGUCAACGAGGUGGUCAUCCGCCAGCUGGAGUUUGCUGCGAGGUACCCUCCCACCUUCGACCGGUACAAAGGAAAAAACACCUACCUGGAGAAGAUCGAUGGCUUUCGGGCUUACUACAAGCAGUGGCUGAAAGUGAUGCCAGCAGAGGAAACCCCCCACCCCUGGCAGAAGUUCAGAACAAAGCCCCAGGGGGACCAGGGCACUGUGACGGAGGCUGAUGGAGACAGAGGUCUUGCGGACAGGGCUCGGCUCCCCUCCCCACCCCACCAGAGCCGUCCCUCAGGGAGGCAGCCCCUGCCUGCCACUGCUCAGCACACCUGUCCUCGAUCUGUGAGCCCACCCCGCCAUCUGCUGUCACCGCCCACCUGCUGUGUUAGCACACUUGGUGCAGCCACACUCCCUACAUCGUAACUAGUGCCCUGGGGUUGGGCUGAGCGAUGCCGCACUUGGGAGUUUGGGAGAUAGGCUGAAUGCCAGCCACUCCUCUGCCCACUGUGCUGCUCCAUUGUCAAGGCUGGAGCCCUGAGCUUGGCUGUUAUGUGUCCAGCAUCACUCCCGAGGUGCCCAGUCUAGUUCUGGAGCAGGGUUCCAGAAGUCCUUACAGGGUGAGUGGUAACACUGAGUGCCCUUGUGGCAGGCAGAUGGCCUGGGGAGUAGGGUGGGAUGGGGGCGGUGCACACGCUGACCAACUACCCGUUUCUGAUUUAGCCCUCCCACCACUGAGGUGGGUCUCAUCACCCCACUUUAUAGGGGAGGACACCAGCUCAAAGCGAGGUCAGUAGCUUGCUGGGGGUGGAGUGGAGACUGGCUACACACCUACAAACACUGUCCUUGCCAAACCCUGCAGACAGAUUCCUCUUGCUCCCAAAAGGGUGUCCCACAGGACAGCCAGUGACAAAACUCCAUCCCAGUGCAAGAAACACAAAACCCUGUAGACUCAGCAAGGGCAGACCCUGGAACUGAAAACAGCAUCACACUCGGUCACCAAGCCCUCUUGGAGAGGAACGUACCACUUCCAGCUUGCUUUUGGGAACCCGGCAGAUGCAGUUGGUUCCGAAGUUGGUGUCCCGAGUCUGGAUGCAGCGGAGGCAGCACAGGUUCUCGUAGCCCUGCUUCUUCCACUUUGCAAUCAGGUUUUUAUCUGCGUAGCCUUCUCUGAUGCAGUACUCGUAGAGCUCUGUGAGGAGGACAGAAAGCACAUCAGACCCCGGGGGACAGACCUUACCCACCCUUGGCCUGGCGCUACCAUUAGUGGCUGACGCCCCCUUUAUUCAGUGUAGGGAUAAAGGGGGUGAAGAGCGAAAACAAAGACAUGCAUGAAAAAAAUAAAAGGUCACAUGGGGAAUUCAGAACCACCGUGUCUGCUUAAAGAGGUAAUCUGAUGCAUGUGACUAGUUUUUUUAAAUAGCUAUUUGAAUUAUUUGGAAAUUCCCUAGGUCAGCAUCUAUAGUAAUUAUGUUAUUAAAAUUUUAGAACUAUUAAAAAGUUUAUCAGAUGUUGCAAACCGUACCCACCCACCCCCUUUUUUUAUUUGCUGAGGUUGCAAGAACAAGCAGCAUGACUUAAAUAAAUCUGAAAGCCACUCAAGUUCAAAAGGGGACAAGAGAAUCUGGCCAGUUACCUCUGCUUAUGGCUUUGCGCUUGUAGAAGAGGUCAAAGAUGUACCGUGUUUUUUGGUGGUGGAUCCUGAAGAUGGGCCACAGGGACUCCACUUUCCGCUUCCCUUCAUGAGGUUCUGUUUCAGCUGCAGAGAAAAAGGCCUGUGUGUGCAUUGGUGGGUAGGGCUAGUCUGCACAGAAUACAGUUAUUUCUUAAUAACUAAGGAUAAGGAAUAAAUACUUCACACUGCUAGGAUGCUAAAACAAAAACCAUGGACCACAACAAGCGGUGGUGAGGCUGUGCAGAAACAAACCCUCGGACGCUGGGGUGCUGCAGCCGCUGUGGGAGACAGUCUGGUGUGCCUCAGAAGGUUAAAGGAUUACCGUGUGACCCAGCAGUUCUAGUAUAGAGCCAAGAGAACUGAAAACGUCUGUCUACCCACAAACCUGUACACAAAUGCUCACAGCAGCAUUAUUCACGAAAACCCCAAAGUAGAAACCCAGAUGCCCAUCGACUGAGGAACAGAUAAACAAAAUGUUAUUCAGCAAUAAAGAAUGAACUAACUACCAUCCAGGCCACUACACGGACAAACCUAUGAUUCCAUUUAUGUGAAAUGCCCAGAACAGGCAAAUACACAGACAGAAAAUCAGUGGUUGGCAGGGGCAGUAGGUAUUGGAUUUCUUUCUGGGGUAAUAAAAUAUUUUAAGACUGUGGUGAUGGUCACACAACUCUGAAUAUACUAAAAACCACUUAUGCCAACACUUUAAAAAGGUGGAUUUUACAGCAUUUGACAUAUCCCAAUAAAGCUGUUGUUUAAAAUUUUUAAAAAGAUGAUUUGACAUAUUUGACUGUUAGACAACAUAGUUUUCUAAAAAAGCAUUCAAGAUAAUUCUCUAUCCUUUCAGACCUUUUUGUACAUCACAAUUUCACAAGGUAAUUCCGAGCCCACAGACGGGCAUCCUUAUCACGUUACAUCUCAUUUCAUCCCCCAACCAAAGUCCUUUAGGCAUAAGGAAAAGAAAAAGAAAACCCCACACAUUUCCAGAAGGCUGAGGGUCUGCGGGAAGCAAGUGCCCCUUCAGUGUGUGUUCCGGCUAAGGUCAGUUCACAGCUGCCACAAGGAGGGUCUCUCUCCUAGCAGUGACAAGCUGAUCUUUGUCUGCAACCACGUCUCGCGGUUUAGGGCAAAGGAGAAAGGUGACGGGUGGUCAAGCAAACUACACCUCCAUUUCUCCAACUUUUAAGACUCCCUAUUACCUGGGAUUAUAGCUCAGUUCAACAAACAGGACUCUGUGACACUGACACAGGCAUGGGGACAUGAGUGUUCACUCAGCAGGGUGGGGAUGGGGCUCUAGGUGCUCAAGACCCAGCAGUGAGCAAGACCCAGAGCCAAGGGUGCUGCGCCCAGGGCAGGGAGGCAGGUCAGCACUUGGCCGCGAUGUUCACCACCACAGAGAAAAAGGAAACGUGGAAGGGGAAGCAAGCGGGAAGUGGGGACUGCCACUUCAUAUGGGGUGAUCAAAGAAGGCCUGUGGCAAGGGGGCAAGUGAGACCUUAAGAAAGCAAGGGACAAAUAUGCUUCCCAGGAAGAAUAAAUGGCAAAUGCAAAGGCCCUGAGGUGGACCAUAUCGGGGAUCGAGGACCAGCAAGUGUGACAGGUGUGAAGUGAUGGAGAGGGGGAGAGGACACGACCUGGUGGACCUGGAAGACUUUGGAAGGACUUUGGGUUUUGCUCUGAUGGGAGCCCCGACUGGAGAUUGUGGGUAGACAGUGAUAUAAUCUGAUUUAGGGUUUAAAACCCUCACCCAGGCUGCUGCUGCAGGGAGAGAAGCAGCAGGCUAGCACAAUAAUCCAGGUGAAAGGUGAAGAGAGUUGACACCAGACGGGUAGUCGGAUUUUAGAUAUAUAAGUUUUCAAACAUUCUACUGUGCUGAAUUUCAAAUGUACACAAAAGUAGGUACCUGCAAGGACCUAUCACCCAGCUUUGACGAUUCAACCAUAUUUAUCUAGUUCCUCUCACUGUGGAGGACUGGAGUAUUUUAAAACAGAUCUUGAACAUCAUAGCAUUUCAUUCACAAAUAUGUAAGGAUGUGUCCAUAGCCACAAGGCCACCCAUCACUCCUCACCAGCUCCUCAGACCCACCCCGUUUCCACCGAUGGCCUCAAAAAUGCCUCUCGACAACUGAUGUGUCUGAAUCAAGACCCAAAUAACAUGCAGACGCUCAAUUUGGUUACAUUUGGUUGCUUACUACCUAGAACAACAUUCCCUCUCCAUUCUACCCCAUUUUUGAGGAUUUUGGAUGAUUCGGAUGCUUGGAUAUGAAGUAUGAAAGAAAGGGGGGAGGGGUGUCAAGGGUGGUUUACGGCCUGAGACAGGAAGCAGUUUUAGGGUAGGUAAAAAAGAAGUUCAGAUCUGGGCCAGGUGAGUUUCAGAUGAGUUUAGAUAGUCCAGGGGAGACAUCCCACAGCACGUGGUUUAUGAGCCUGGAGCUGAACUGAGGCCCGAGGACACAUCUGGAGGCACAUGGGGCCACGUGUAAAGAGCACGGAAAGCUACGUGACUCGAUGGGACACCAAGGGAGAGGGCAGGUUCCAGGCCUGAGUGGGUGGUGCUGACCACCAGCUGUCAGGGAAAUGGGGAGGAGCCAGUGGAGGGGGGAGCAUUUUGACCUGUCAGGUGGUUCCCUGAGGGGCCACUGCAGAUGCUGACUUUUGUUUCCCCCGCUCCCAUGUUUCACCCCUGAACAAUGCACUAGGGCUGGAGCAGCUUUCCAGGCAGUGGGCGUCUGUCAAAAUAUUUGGUCAUACACACCUAGUGACCCCUUCAGGCAAGGGAUGGUGGACAGACAAGCAGCUGACAGAACCCAAAAGCCUGGAGAAAAACAGGCCGAGGAGGAAGGUUAUUGGGUGACAAGGGGCUUGGAAGGACCACUUGGAGAGAGGGGCGGAAAGAGAGCGCAUGCCUAGGGCAAGACACAUGCUCAGAAAAGACCUGCGAGGCCUCUCGGCUUCACUUCUGGUGGGCUGUGGGCUGUGGGCUCAGGAGCUGGAGGUGAAGCACCCAGAGUAGCACUGAAGGAGGCCCCAGGGGAGUAUCCCAGGGUUUAAGGAAAUCUCGGCCAGCCGCCGGCUGACUGCUGAAAUAAGAGAACAGAGACUUCAGUGACCACACCUGACAAAGAAUACAUUCUUUACAAAAAUAGUUUGGAAAAGUCACUAAACCAACAGAACUUCUGAAGCAAUCAAAAUUCACCAAAAGCAAACCCUGGGGAAGGAAGAGAGAUUUACCAAGUUACCACACUAUAAUAUUCAGAAUGCCCAGUUGUGAGCAAAAAUUGCAAGACAUACAAAGGAUCAGGAAAGUAUGGCCCAUUCAUAGGGGAAAAAAAAUCGACAGCACCAUCCCUGAGGCAGCCCAGACACUGACCUUACAAGACAAGGACUUGAGGUCACCUGCCUUAAAGAUACGCAAAAGCAAUAGGGAAACCAUGGACAAAAACUGAAGAAAACAAUGUAUGAGAAAAUGAGAACAUCAAUAAAGAGAAAGAAAUUAUGCCCAAGUAGAAAUUCCAGCACUGAACAGCAUAGCAACUGGAGCAUAAAGUUCAUCAGAGCAGAGAAGGAGCAGAGUUGAACCGGCAAAAGUAAGAACUGGCAAACUUGAAGAUAUGACAAUUCAAAUUGUCCAAUGUGAGGAACAGAAGAGAAUAAAGGAAAAUGAACAGGGCCUGAGAGAGACCUUGGGACACCACCAAGCAAUACUAGAGCAAGCAUUAUGAGAAUCCCAGAAGACAGAAAAGGGCAGAAAGAUUAUGUGAAGAAAUAAUGGGCAAAACUUCCCAAAUCUGACAAAAGACAUGAAUCCACACAUCUAAGAUGCUCAACAAAUACCUCGUAGGAUAAACUCAAAUCUACAGAGACACAUUAUAAUCAAUCAGCUGAAAGACAAAGAGAGAAUCAACUCAUCACGUACAAGGAAUUCACAAUAAGAUCAAUGGAUUUCCCACCAGAAAACAUGGAGGCAAGAGAGAGUAAGAUGAUGUAUUUAAAAUUCCAAAAAAAAAAACAAAACCUGUCAAACAAGAAUUCUAUCUAACAAAACUACCCUAAACAAACUACCCAACCUAGCUAAACAAAAGCCAAGAGAGUUCAUUACUACCAGAAUGAACUCUAAAGUCAUUCUUUACUACCCUAAAGAAAUAUUAAGGGAGUCCCUUCAGGAUGAAAUGAAAUGACAUUAGAUAGUUAACACAAAGCUGUCCAAAAAAAUAAAAACCCCAGGGAAAAGUAACUACAUAGGUAAAUAUAUAUAGGCGAAUAUAAAUGCCAGUAUUAUUCUAUUUUUGGCUCACUUGUUUUGAUAUCCUACAUGAUUUGAAAGAUAAAUGCAUUAGAAAAUUAUGUUUCGUAUUCCAGUUGACAAAGAAGGCAGUGUAAGACUCUUCAGGGUGCCAUUUCCCCACAUAAUUUUUGAACAACUGGCAAAAACAGGCAGAGCCAUUGUCCUCAAAACUCUAGAAACAGUAACUAGGUGACUGCAGAAUCAAGAAAAUGCAGCUUUACAAAAUCAUUCAAAGAAAAGAGCCAAAAUGUUAGCAGGAAUGUUACCUCUGUUUUCUGUAACAAGUAUGUGUCCCUUUUAUAAUCAGAAAAAAAAAGGGCUGUUUUUAAACUUUUUCAAUGAAUACCUAAAAAGAAAUUUUACACUUACAAAGAAGAACUUUUGAUACAUAGUAAUUCUAAAGAAGAAAAAAAAAGGAGAAAAUGCAGCUUUAAGAGCGGCAGGAGGAGCCUGGGGCCCCUGCUGGCCCCUCCCCAGCAACCCCCUGCACACACUGAGGUGCUUGUACAUUGGUGCCGCUCAGUCCAGGUGGCAGCCUGAAAGACUGAACCACGAACUGGCUGGCCCUCCGAGUUGCCAAGGGAAAAGCAGCUUGCUGGCAGCUAAAGAGAUGUAAGAAACCAUUAAGUCCAAAUGGCCUGGGGCGAAGGAUGGCCUGCUUUAAAGUGGACAAAAGAGCACCCAGGAGGGGGAGAAAGUCUAUUUCACAGGCCACAGAGGGGCACUCUGAAGACUAGGAGCAACCACCAGCCCAGAACAAGAGGCAGGCUCAAGAAAGACAGAGGACCCCACACUUCACAUCGCCUCAGGCUGAUCUCCUUGACAGGAGGGCUAACUGAAGAAGAGCACGGGGCACGAAGAGCCAAUUUGCCAAGAUGGUGAAAGGCACUUUUUGCUUGGCUUGUUUGUUUUUCUUAAGUUGUGGCACUCAAGGGUCUCUGUCCUAUCAGUAAGUACAUUCAAUCUUCAGGAUAGGACAGCUCAGGAGUAAAUCCCAGGAUUAACAUGUUAAAAUAUCAAAACGCAGAAAGUACAACAAAAGAUUAUAAGACAAAGAAACAGGAAAUGAUGGCCUAUCCAAAGGAACAGGAUAAAAAUCAAGAAACCAUCAACGAAGACGACCAGCCUUUGGACAUACCCGAGAAAGACUUUAAUACUCGGUAUACCCAAGGAGAUAAAGGAAAACAUGGAGAAAGAACAUCAGCAUGUCAAGAAGACAAUGAAUAAACAAUAUGAGAAUCUCAAUAAGAAACAGAAAUUUUAAAACAGAACCAAAAAGAAACACAGAUAUUGAAGACCACAAUAACUGAAAUUGAAAAUUCCUUAGAAGGCUUUAACAGCAGAUUGGAGCUGACAGAAAAAGCAGUGAAUUCAAAGCCAAGACAAAUGAAUUCAACCUGAGGACCAGAAACAAAACACAAUUUGAAAAGUAAACAGAGCCUAACAGGCCUGUGGGACACCAUCAAGCACAACAAUAUACGAAUAUGGGAACCCCAGAAGGAGAAAAAAGGGAGAAAAAAAAUCCAAAGAAAUAAUGGCAAAACUUUACUAAAUAAAGCAAAAGACGUAAAUAUACACACACAAAAAAAACAGAAAUCCAGGAAGAUGAUGGAAUAGAACAAGCAUAUCCAAUUUCUCCCAAAUGGAAUAACUAGAAAAAAGGCAGAAAAUGACCGAGAAAGCAGUUCCAGGGUAUGAACGUCCAGAGGACUUCUACAAUAUAUAGGGGGACCUGGAUGAAAAAGAGGAAGAAUAACAAAUGAAAGGACAGGGCGAGUGUAUUCAAUACUAGCAGCCUCCAGGGCUGGCGGCCUGUGGCCGGCAGGAGUGGGAGAGGGAGGAGCUCCGCACUGCCACACUCCCAUCUCCGCGACCAGCUGGGGAGCUAACCCUUCUCAGUCCCAAGCCAGGCACUCCCAUGGGGGAACUCAGGAACCAACAGAUUUGUGUUGGCCACACACGGAGUCCUUGCUACAGUGCGCAGUGCCUCCCCCUUAACCCUGGGGCAGGUCACUUCAGGGGCCUGGUUUUGGGGAGGACUGGGGACCCUCUCCUCAGAAGGAGGGGGGACACAGAACUGAGCUGAGCAGACCCCACAAUUAGCAGGGGAGAGAGACACUGUAUUCUGCUGCCUGUAUACCCUCUCCACGGAGGCUGGCGGCAUGCAUGGGUGGAGGGGGGAUACAACAGAGGGUGCCACACAGAAACACCAAGAGCCCCUCCCCCAGCCCAGAGGCCCAUAGGUGCACGGCGGGCAGGGCUCUUUCAGGCCAACUAAAAGUAAGGCACUUCUGAGCUGACUGAGGGCUGGGGAAGGUGAACCUCACAGCCCCACAGCCCGAGUUUAAUCCCCUUGGAAGCCUGGGAAUCACCUGACCGACCAUGCCCACCCCCAACCCACGGGACUGGCAGUCUCCAGUGUGCACAGAGAACCGCUGUGCUGAUUUGCAUUUCCACCUGGUUUGGACCCUGCCCAGUGUGCAGCUGCAGUCAGGGAACAUGGGCUUGAGGGGAAGAGGUGGCCCAACAGCAUGUGCUGGGAAAACAGGGCAAGCGAACUCCGGUAAACCAUGGUUCUGCCAAAUUUUAUACAGAUGUCCAAACAGACUUGAAUCUCCCCAAAUAAACUUAAGAUAAAAUGCAAAGAAGGCAACAGAAAAUCACAAAGCAUUUGAAGAUCCAAGAAGAUAUGGCCAAGCCAAAUGACCAAAUUAAAAAGACAGAGGAGGCACAGAACUUGGAACUAAUCAAAAAAAUACAUAAAGAUCUCCAAAACAACUCCAAUGGGCUGGCUAAAGACAAAAAGGACAUCAAGAAGACACUAGAAGAGGAUAAAGAAGCAUUUCCAAGGGUAAGCAGAAAAAUAGUAGAUCUUAUGGAAUUGAAAGAUACUGCAGAUCAAAUUAAAAAUAUGCUAAAGAGGACUUCCGGGAAGACAGUGGAGUGGGUGAGGCAGAGCAGACUUCUCCUCUGUGAAAGAAACCAGAGAGGGGCCAGAGGACGCCCGGGACUGUGGUUUCGGGUGUAACUGGCCAUAGAGGGAACCCUGUAGUAGGUGAUGGGGACGCAGACAAAAAUGCGGAGAAAUAGCAACUUGAGGGACUGGCUCAACUCUGCAAAUAAAUUCACCACCCUCCCUCCAACAUGGGACAAGAACCCCCCAGGUGAACGAGUCUCCCUGGCGACAUGGGACAUGUCUUUGAAAUUUACUCUACAGUUACUUUUUAAGUUGUUUUGAAUAGAAAAAGAAACAUAAAUAUAUAUAUACACACACACACACACUAGGGACACAUA